AAGGUCUGCGAACUAAUCCUCUGUUCGUCUUUCAGACGCUCUUCCGAACUAGGUCGUUUAAGAACAACACAAAUAUACUGUCAAAUUGUCAAUUAAAAAUCGAGACGCACGUACAGUUUGCCGUUUCGAGUUGCUGUCGAAUUCUUCACGGCGCGACUGGAUGAUAGUGGCGCAUAUUUUGCAAAUAUUGUAUCUUGACCAGAGUCUUGAGAAACAUUGGCAAAUUUUAAAUACGAUAUACGAAAAUGUCAACACCAUCCCUUGAUCCGGUUUUGCAUAACCGGCUAACACGGUACAUCCACACUGGCAACGAAGUUCCGACCUACUUCCCUGGGUGCUGGACGUCUCAUAAGUACUUUGAGGCUGACAAACUAACUGUACUAAACGAGGCGCUUGCAGACGGUGCCAACAAUGUUGAAGUGGUCAAUGUAAUUCUGCAGGCUUACAAAGAUGGAUGGUAUACUCGAUUCGAAACUAUUGCUUUUGCCCUAACUAAGUGCUUACUGGUUGGUUCAUCGGCUGUAAAGGAGGCUACAUAUAAAGCUGCUGCUGAAAUAUGCAAAACCCCUGAAGAAAUGAUGCUUUUUAACAAGUUUACUCGGUUAUUGAAAACAGGUAAUGGCCGAGGAUGGUGCAAGAAUAUAAAGGACUGGUAUCUCAAGAAAGAACCCUUGGAGCUAGCCAAGGAAAUGACGAGAGUCCGAGCUCGAUAUGGCCGUUCUCAUAAAACACUGCUCCGGAAAUCUCAUUUCAAAAUACCAGAAGAGGACCAUGCUCGUGAUGCAGUGGUGAAGUAUGCUAUUUUCGGCUUGAAACGCGCCAAGCAACUGGUGGGUGAUGCACAAGGCACCAAGGAGAUAUUUGACUACAUCCAGAUAGUAGAGGACAUGCGACACUGCGAGGAUCCUGUCGCGGCCGGUGCCCUAGCGGCACAGCAUAAAUUCACUCUCGACCAUGUCCCUGGACAUUUACUUACUUCUCAACAUGUAUGGAAUGCAAUAAUGCCCCAGUUCAAGUUAGAAGAACUAUUGUACCAUAUCCAACGCAUCCACAAUAUGGGCUUCCUAACCAGUGAUUCUGCUACAACUGCUAUACUUAUCUCUUUGCUGAAUGACCAGGAAUUCGUAAAGAAUUCCAAUGUCACUCCUCUUGCAGUUUACAUCACUUUGUGCAACUAUAAGAAGAAAAGCAGACCUCUGAAGCACGAUAAAGCUAGAGUGGCGGCUGAUAAAGAACUGCGUCGUCGGUCAAAACAAAUGUUCGACAGCAAAACUGGAUUAUGGGAGUGGACUGUGACCAGGAGGCAUCCCAAGGAAGUCAAGCACUGGGGUAUUGACCAACCACCAAAUCCAGCAGUUUUGGCUGCACUCAAUAAGUUGAUUGAUCUGUCAUGGUUGCUAUCGCCACCAACAAAGGCCCGCUACAUGAUCACCAUGGACAUGAGACAUCACAUGUUUAAAGGUCGUCAUUUUUGCACCAACUACGUAGUUCCGAAGAAAGGAAAACGGGCAAAACCCAGCAAUCCUCCCGUAAUCCCCAGCAGUGACGCUGCUACUGCCGAGAAGAAAAACAAGACGCAUUUAUUGGCAGAGUGUUUUUAUAAUAAACAUGUUACACCAGGCCAUGCAGCUAUCAUUCUGGCGCUGCAAAUAUUGAAACGCGAGAAAAAUGUAAAGUUGGCAGUAUUCACCGAAGAGGGUGUGCAGAUUGUUACGAUCGAACGGAACUUCAGCAACAUUGAAGAAGCAGAAUUUGUGCUGAGAAAAGCGAACUUGGGUCGCGUUCAACUCGACGCCCCAAUCGAGUGGGCCGCCAAGAAUAAUCACAAGGUGGACGUGUUCAUCAACAUGGUUGAUCGCACCACUCGCUACAUGGAGCUGGAACAGGCGGCCCGCGGCGGACGAGGACCGGGCGGCCGUUUCGGUGCACCACCAGCUCCUGAACUGACCGAUCACUGUCCGGUGCGCUCACUUCAGCGAUACAGGGAGAGCGCGGGCGUUAAGGAUGCUAAAUUGAUCGUCAUGUCCCUGGCAUCGCACCGCGUGGCCACCACCGAUGGCAGCCACGAAGGAGUCCUCGACAUCAUUGGAAUUGAUGAACAUGUUCCCAAGGUUAUGGACGCGUUCACACUUGGCCAAUUCAAGUGAAUAACUCACAUUCGAAUAUCAAUAUUUAAACACAUCUGUUAUUUUAAACAUGACACAGCGUAAAGUAACCUAGAUCUCAACGGGAGCAAGUAUGGAGGCCUACCAUCCUCUAAGUAAAAGUAUUAUAUGAGUGAAUUUUUGUUCCAUAAUUCUACUACAAUAAGUACAUUAAGUUUACAAAUAAAAUAAUGAUUCUUUACGCUGUGAUUAUCUGUCAUUA